AUGGCGAAAGGAGACGAUGCUUUGGCGAGGAAGAAGAACAAAGCCAACAGGAAGAAGAUGAAUCGCAAGAACGAUUCCUCCGCCGUUUCCUCUCGCAUCGCCGCUAUCAUCGCCGCCAAGAAGCGCCGCCAGACUGGCAAACGCAGCAUGUGUCAGGGAAUGUGUUUUAGCCUUCCUACACCUGAAGAUCCCUUCAAUGAAAAGCUGGGUAAAGUGAACACUCCCAAAAAGAAAAAGAAAAAGGUCAACAAGUCUAGAGAUGCUCUUUCAGUUAAUAAAUCUCUUAAGAAACCAUCUCUAGACGUUGAAGGUGUUGAGAAUAAGAAUAAGAAGAAGUUCGAUGGUCCACUCAAGUUUCUGAUGUCCUGCCUGAACGAAAUAGAGAGCUCCUUUCAUCACCUUGACAAGCCUUUGUUCACUAGCACUUGGGGGAUUGAGUUCUGGAAAUCUUUUCAUUCUGGUAAAGAUGUUGUUGACACUACUGGAACAUCUUCCACCCUUGAACAAAUCGCAUGGAUCGUUUCCACUGCCACUGAAGCUAUAUCUAAAAGCGAGCUAGAGGAGGAGGACAAUCCACUAAGCAACAGCCCUUUUCUCUUAUAUCUCGUACCAUCUCACUCCAAAGCUUCUCAGGUUCGAUCGGUUUGCAAGGCACUGAAACCUCUUGGAGUUCAUGCAGUGAGCUUACACAAUGGAGCCGAACUAGAUCAUCAGAUUUCUGGAUUGAAAAGCUUAGAACCUGAAUUUAUAGUUUCCACACCUGAGAGACUUUUGGAGAUCGUUUCCCUCAAGGGAGUUGAUAUAUCGGGGGUUUCCUUGCUGGUCAUUGAUGAACUAGGUUCACUUUGCGCUAGUGGUUAUCUAGAUGCGGUGAAAUCCAUUAAGCAGGCCAUUUCCAGCAACCACCGAUCAAUAGUUUUCAACGACAGUUUUAGUGCUUCCUACAUUCCAGCUGUCCAGAGUCUUUUGGGGAGAUCAAUUAACAGACUUUCACUCAGUGAUUCUGUAGCCAGCCAAGCCUCUUGUAUUAUCCAGACUGUAAAUGUCUGCGCCUCAGAGGAAAAAAAACUGCAGAAGUUCUCAGAGGUUCUGGAUUCAGCAUCUUCAAGGGGGAUAUACAUUGUUGCAAAGAAGGAAAGUUUCAGAAAAUUGACAGCUCUACUUAAGCUCAAGGGUCUCUCUGUUAUAAUAGCCAACAACAGUGACUCUAAAAUUAUCCCAGCAGUCACAAAGAGAGGAAAGUUGGCAUACUUGAUUGAUAUAGAACAGUUUGAUUCAACCGAAAUGAAGGCCAUUGAAACAGUUCUACUUCCAGAUUUUGUUCCAUCAUUCGAAACCUACGUUGAGAUUCUGACAAGUAUUGCUGGAGAGAGUGUUCGCGGUACGCUACACAGUUUUGUAACAGAAAAGGAGGAUGUGUCUUGUCUCGCGGGUUCGUUGGUGAAUGUUCUGGAGGAUUGUGGCCAGAACGUGCCUGACAAUUGGAGGAAUUUGUCUGCUUCUUCUAUGUCUGAUUGA